ACAAACCACAGUUUGUGUUGAUGCACGUUUCUAUAGUGUCUAUACUAAAGUCGCCCAAAUACAGAUACAAUAAUCAAACAAUUCUUUAACUUCCUUGUUCCUGUGAUUUCCCACUAUUCUAUACAACAAAGGUAUCAUGGAAAAUCAGCGAUAUUCAGUUGGAGGGGCAAAAGGAGUGCAAAAAUACUGAACAAUCUGCCGAAACUAUUCAAAAAAUGUAUCAUUACUUCGCGAUCCAGGCUUAAAGCAAAACCAUCACUAUGGCGGCCGCUUUUCUAGAACCUGAAAAUAAUUUAUUAAUUUUUAAUGCUGAACAUACCUAGCCAAUUACAGACUAUUUUACGAUUAACCUUAAAGUCCUAAGUGGUAAUCAUGAAUCACAACACCCCAACAGACAUGAAGGCUCUCUUGGGAUCUAUCAUCUAACAGUGGGUAAGCAAACAUGGUUCCUCGAUUUCUCGAUUUGAAGCUGUGAUAAAUACAAAGUUUGUUCACAGGAACCAGGUAGAAGCUGUGUUGUAAUAAUUUCAUCAAGGCAUCAUCAACGCAUAGGCAACAACUAAACGUUACAACAGAAAUACAGUUGAGAACCGUGGAACUAAAUUAUUUUGACUUGCUUUCUUCAAACCUGUCUUGUUCAGUUUUGGUUUUUCAAGUUUAUCAUCCAGCAAUAGUCUAACAGCGUCAUUGCUGAGGAACAGUGAAGCUGUGCCGUGAUUAUGGUGAGCUGCAAGAAACUGUACUUGGUGGUGAUGGGUUUGUUUAUAAACAAUGUUUGCCUGACGAACUCUAGUGUUGACCACAAGUGCAUCAACGGAGAACAGAUGACUGUGUUAUGGUGGACCCAGGAACCUUACAUCUUCACUCCAAAAGAACACGACUUUCCAUCAUUAGAAGGGAUGUUUCCAGUUAUCUUAAACAAAGUGAUCAAGAGUUGUUGUCAUAUUAACACGACUGUUAACUAUACAAAGAUCCCUGAGGGUCCUGCAAGCCUGGAUAAUCUUCUAGGUUCGAAUAACUUUGAUGUGAUUAUACCCGUGGGAGGGAAUGUGGGAGCCGAGACCGUUCGUCGAUUUCCCUUCGUCGGAGUGCUUGAGUCCCCAGGGGUAGCGGUGCUUAUCAAGGGGAAUGUGUCCGGGACUCAGCUACUGCUGUCUGUUCUUCAAGGCUGGCCUAUACUCGUGUUCAUUCUCAUCUCGGCGACACUAGCGGGAGUUAUCAUCUGGUUAGCGGAGCGCAAAGAAAAUGCUGACCAGUUUCCCGCGUCAUUUUCUCACGGUGUGUUUGAGGGAUUCUGGUGGGCUUUUAUCACCAUGACAACCGUUGGAUAUGGAGACCUAGCACCCAAAACAAUUGCUGGUAAACUGCUGGGUCUUGUGUGGAUGUUAGCAGGACUUAUCAUCACCACCAUGUUCAUCAGUAUCAUCACUACAUCAAUGACGUCAGUCAGUCUUGAAGGACGAACCAACCUUCGAGGGGUCACGGUGUCAGCUGUCAAUCAUAGCGAGGAACACAAGCUCGGGAUUCGUGAAAUUGCAAAUGUGAAAGCUCUCGCCAGCAGUGAUGGAGUGUUCCAACAUCUACUAGACCGCCAUGUAGAAGGUGCUUUAGUGGAUGUACACGGGCUUAAACAUCAUAUCAACGCACUUACUCAACAUAACAUACAGGUAUGCAGCGUUCAUUCUUGUUGCUCUAUCAACUUUUCGAUUGUCAUAAUUUCCAAGGUAAACACUGUUUUCUUCAUUUCUCGACAGGUAGGGAAUAUUCUCAACAGUCACGUGACGUAUGGAGCAAUUCUCCCUCUCAAUUCCACUCACUUCCUGCGAUGCUUCAAAGAAUACGUACAAACCGAAGAGCAAUGGAUUUUUCACAUCCUGGCAGAAAAUACGGGAACCACUCAGGAAAAAAUGAGCGUUGCAGAGGAUUAUUUUGGAAGUGGAGGAAUAUUCAGCAUCACAGUGUACGCUGGACUCUCGUUGUUUGUGGUACUAAUGGCCGCCGGGAUCGGCUGGGAAAUGUAUAGGAAAACUAGAAAGAAAAAGCAAGGAGGUGGUGAAGAGACCAGCGUUACGACUGCUACUAUUGUUCUGGAAGACAUAGAGACCCACCCUACCCCUCGGCUAUCGUUUGGCCAAGAACCUUCAGAACAACUGGUUUCCAAACACAGCAUGGAGAUCAUGAGCAUGGAUGAAGAACUCAACAAUUUUCGCCAGAGUUGGCAAGAAAGGCGUUCACAAAUGCUAGAGCGACAUCAACGAGAACGAGUAAAUGGUGCUAUGAAUGGGGAAGGUACCAACUCCCUGACCGCGCACCAAGAACCAUGAUUUGAGCUGCCAACUUAGUUUAGAUCUGCUAAAUAUCAUCUCAUAGAUGUCUUCUUGACUCAAAAGCUUCUAAACAUGAAAAAUAACGGUUGUAGGAACCUGUAACGGUACUCAAUGCUGAUAUCGGCUUUAACCAGCGCAUGCGUGUUUCAUCGCUAAUUGAAUAACGUAUCACCGCUUACAGAGAAUGGACGUUGAUACACAUUUUCUUGGAACUAUGUGAAUGUUACUAGAGUUAAAACUUAUUCAGUUCUUCGUAUUUCUUCUCAGUUCUAGUUUUUUAAUUUGAUAUUGUUUUCUAGGCAAUUGAGCAUUACAUUGCUAGAUGUCUAGCCAACCGAGCAAAUGCAAUAAACAUCGAGGCCAAGAAUACAUGUUGUUAGUUACCCUACUGUACAUGCUCUGCAAUUUGGUGCAAAAUCUAAAAACCUGACAUACCAUUACUGUGACUAACUUUAACCUUAAAUUAAAUAAUUUUGUAUGAGGAUUACCUGAACUCUUCCGAAGAUUAUUGAACAUCACCGCUGACACUAAUUGUUACUGGAAUCAUCUCAACACGUCCAAAUAUAUUGGCAAAGUUUAACCGAAGACUUUUGAGGAUUUUUGAGUACUUCUUCUUUGAUGAAUCAAUGCUGCUACACAAAUAGCCAAUCAUUGGUUAACAAGUUAUGCCCAUUUUUCCGACGUUAAAGGUUACCAUAGCAACAGCACAUCUCGUUAAAAACCCCUUAAGUUAGCUUUAAGCCCUUAUAUUCCACAACUGAAAUGUAAGUAAAUCCUGUACAAUUACUCGAACUUUCACGCGUUUACUCACUUAUUAUGACAGAAACAAAUUACGAACGCGCCUUCAUUAAUUAAACUGUUGUGCAAAUUAAAUAUUAAUGCUCUCGGCCAAUCACAAAGAAGUAAUGUUUCUAGUCAUAUAUUAUAUGAAAAGUAAUCAAAUGAUUU